GACAGUGUGUGUAAUCUGUGUAAUCUCUGUGAGAGAACAUGAGACAAAUUUGGAUAUCCGAGAGCAUUUACAACACAAGCAAUAAUAUCCAGCGGCUCGGAUUAGUUUUUAAUAAUCCCUCACCUCGCGCGCCUCGCCCCAGAGCCGCCUGAUAACGCGCGCAGAUCCCGAGACGCGACGCGACGCGCGAGCCUUCAUCAAUCUUUGUUAUUCAGAGGAAAACAGAAAAGGAGCCAUGACGCGCUAGCAUCGGCUGCUCGAGCUAACCCAAGCGCGACUGUGCACAUCCUUCUCGAUUCCGUCAGCCUAACGUUUCUUUCUUUGUCACAUUUCAUCAGGAAUAUAUUGUAAUCGGCGGGAGUUUAUGCUGGCCUAGAGCAUUAUGGUAUGAAAUCAAUGUUCUGCGCCUCUUGUUGACUCGCCAGGCUAGUAGCGUUAGCCGAGGCUGUGUUACUAACUUACGUCUGACUACAACGGAUCUUCUUAAUUGGGUUUUAAUUAGUUUUACGAUAACAAAUACACAUUCUUAUUAGUAAUUUUGUCAUAACCGUGCAGGUGGUUAUUAACGUUAGAUAAAAUGGUAAUGAGAUUAUUUCUUUGUGUUGACAGUUUGGCAGGCGCAUGCUAACAGUGCACUAGCUCGAUAGCUCAGAUGCUUUUCUGUCACAGCAAUAACUUUCCAUGAUGAGAUAAACGUCUUUUUGUUUGGUUUUCUUUACACGUGUUCUCUUCGUUUUUUUUUUUAUAAUAACGAUGAUUUGAGCUCGUGUGAAGACAUGUAAACAACCUAGCUGUUCAGUUUGCCAGCCAUUGAAGCAUCUGUAGACUGAUGUUAUUUUAAGACGGGAAGCGUGAAUACGACUGGACAUUUUAAAGAUUAAAAAAACUUUUGGGUCUGGACUGGAAGGGAGGGAAAUGGUUUGAUUUGACCUGUCUGCACCCUUUCAAAGAUAGACCUGACACAAGAGACUCGUAGAGCCCCAGAGCUCUGGAGGACUCCGAGAGGGACACACGGGUGUCUCCGGUCCUUUGCUCGGACUCUGGCUCUGAUGUGAGCAGUCAUGGGCACUCAGGGCAGCCCCGUCAAGAGCUACGACUACCUGCUCAAGUUCCUCCUGGUGGGAGAUAGCGAUGUGGGGAAAGGAGAGAUCCUGGACAGCCUUCAAGAUGGAUCUGCUGAGUCUCCAUAUGCCUACAGCAGCGGGAUCGACUACAAGACCACCACAAUCCUGUUGGAUGGGCGGAGGGUGAAACUAGAGCUUUGGGACACUUCAGGACAAGGCAGGUUCUGCACCAUUUUCCGGUCGUACUCCAGGGGAGCGCAGGGGAUCCUGUUGGUGUAUGAUAUCACCAACCGCUGGUCGUUUGACGGGAUAGACCGCUGGAUCAGGGAGAUUGAUGAGCACGCACCAGGUGUACCCCGUAUUCUUGUGGGUAACCGGCUACACCUGGCGUUCAAGCGACAGGUCCCCACAGAACAGGCACGAGCAUACGCAGAAAAGAACGGCAUGACGUUUUUUGAAGUGAGCCCUCUCUGCAACUUCAACGUCAUCGAGUCGUUCACAGAGCUGUCGCGCAUCGUGCUGAUGAGGCACGGCAUGGAGAAGUUCUGGAGGCCCAACAGAGUUUUCAGUCUGCAGGACUUGUGCUGCCGUGCCAUUGUGUCCUGCACCCCUGUGCACCUAAUCGAUAAGCUGCCGCUUCCUGUGGCCAUCAAGAGCCAUCUGAAGUCAUUCUCCAUGGCUAACGGCAUGAACGCCGUCAUGAUGCACGGACGCUCCUACUCACUAGCCAAUGCCGCCGGAGGCAGCAAAGGCAACAGCCUCAAACGCUCCAAAUCCAUCCGGCCGCCUCAGAGUCCGCCCCAGAACUGCACCAGGAACAACUGUAAGAUCUCCUAGCCUCCGGGCACGCUCCCUUCCCUUACAUAACACUCAGGUGCACACGGACGAACACACGAGGAAAGCGACACAGGGCUGGGCCGAUGAGGUGUGGCACCUCCCGGUGUGGGGAGAGCAGGAUGUGAUCACUUCCUGCUGCUACAGACAGCUACGUUUCUCCUCCUCACAUUGCUGCAGUACAGAUGAUUCCUCACUCACAGGUCGUGGAUAAAAACAAACCCUUCAUCAGACUGAUUUCGUUGCACCACCGACAGCAUGUUUCCUACCGCGCUAGCGCCCUCUACUGGACAGUUCAUGCUGCUUUAACCCUGCGUUGGCUGAGAGGCCUCGUUUUGAAGUUGUUUUAUGGGCUUAUAUUCGGCUUUAGUUGUUGCUCAUACUCAUUAUCCUCAGUGCUCUGCAUACGGUGUUCCUCUUUUUUUGCUCUUUUUAGGUACCUGUUCUCUCUGCAAAAGCUGAAGUUCCUCGGUCACAUGGUCAGUGAGACAAUGAGAGAGGGCUGAUGCGAAAUGACAUGUAGUGCUUACGUAUGAACCGAUGUAUUAAAAAUGUGAUUUGCACUGCAAAUUGGUGGUUUGUGAAUUUGCCGGCCGUUUACACAAUGACUGUUGUUGAAUGUGGACUGUGGGACCACCAGGCCGAGCGCGACGGCACAAGCAUUUCCAGACUACUUCUGUUCACAAUCUUUCCUCGCUGAAGAUCCAGAAAAUGGUGUUGAGUCAGAUCGGUCUUCUCCUUAAACACGGAUUACAGGAAAUUACUCCUCAGGGGACAGUACUGGCAAAGGGUUUUUUGUCUUCGUUUACUCUCGGCUUCUCCUCGCUUUUUCCUGCAUGCCUUGUGGGAUUAUUUGUCAUAUUUACAAUAGUUUGAAGAUUAUACUGUAAUUACCUCUCUUCUCAUGUCCAGAAUUCAAUACCACGACUGCCUCGCAGCCCGAGUUUCUCACUCAAACCCACACAUUUCAGUACUUCCGUUGCAGUUACAAGUUUCCACCCUUUUGGGGCUAAAAUGGGCGAUGAUUUCAAAGUCCACGUGUUCUACCGGUUUUCAGUGUUGUAGCAUGAGUUCAAAAGUCCGGUUUCUGCUCGAAGCUCUUUUAAUCUGCAUAUACAGCAUGGUUUCUCUAUAGAUGUAUGUCAGAAUGAAGGAUGAUAGACCAAGCUUGCUUCUAAAUAUCGAGCACAAACCAAACAAGUGACGUCACCGGUGGAAUCUACAGCACUUCCUUUUGCUUCUUCCAAUCUAUUUCCUCCAGGUCUGAUGAGCCGUAG